AUGAAACAUCAAGUUUAUUCAUGUAAAGACUUGAAUGAAAAGUUUAUCAAACUAAAUAAACAUUUUAAGAUAGAAGUAAAUAAAAAAAUUUACAUCUCAAAGAAAAUUGUUAUUGUGGUAUUAAGCAAGGAUAACAUAAUUGCCAAUAAUGUAAAUGGUUUUGAAAUGGAUGCCAUGCCAAAAAACAAAUUUUUGAAUAUAACAGUUUUGAAAAAUGAAAAUUUUGAAAUUGAACCUCAGAAUAGCCAAUAUGACAUAGUUAUUUGGCCCAGUGCUGUUCCUUUGCAAAACUGGAGGCAAAUGAUUCAAAGUAAAAGUAAAACUAAAAAAAUAGUGGUAUUAGAUGACAAUCAAAUACAACUCAACAGUAAUUCAUUUACUUUUCCAAGUCCGAAUUCAUCACUGCAAGAUAAUUGGGUGGGACACACUGUUAUUAAUAUAAAUAAACAAAGUUCUAAUAACAUAGACUUUGGAACAGUAAAUGUUCCUGGAGAUGAUGGAGUGCCAGUUGUUUUAAAUGAGAAAAAAGAAGUUUUUGAAAAAAAAGUUGAAGUUGUUAAAGCGAAAGGACUUUUAGAAAGAAGGGGAUCAAGUGCUAGUCUUACAAUUGAUUUACCUCAAGUCAUGUCCGAAGAAUUUCUUUUAUCAGCGGGCAACGUUCUUUCGCGAAACGAUAUAAAAAAUUGUUUGAAAAAUGUUCAAAAUUUACACCAAGAAUUUUGGGAAAUUCCUUUAAAUCAUCCUGAAAAAUCAUUAGUCACGGGUUGCGGUACCAAAAAUAGAUAUCAGUCCAUAUUACCGAAUGAAAAAACGAGAGUUAAAUUAAAUAAGAAGGAAGAAUUUUCACUGGAUGCAUAUAUCAAUGCAAAUUACAUCAGGGGAUAUGAUGGUGAGGAAAAAGCAUACAUUGCGACCCAAGGACCACUGCCCAACACAAUUGAAGAUUUGUACAAAAUGGCUUGGAAUGAAAAAAGUCCCAUAAUUGUUAUGAUAACAAAUUUUUUUGAAAAAGCUAAAGUCAAAUGCGAAUCGUACUUCCCGAUUGAACAAAACGAAACUGCCAAAUAUGGUGACUUUCAAGUUACCGUCCUGAGUGUAAAAAGAAAAGAAGGUUUUAGCGUUCGAGAAUUAUUAAUAGAGAAUAAUUACGGCAGCAAAAAAAUUUUUCAUUAUUGGUAUGACACGUGGCCCGAUCACAAAAUUCCAUCAUGUCCUCAAAGUAUUGUAGACAUGGCCACAGAAAUAGAAAAUUGUAAAAAAAAUAUUAAAAAUAAAUCACUAAAUAGUAACGAUGACCAAAAGAAUUCGAGCGGUCCGAUUAUUGUUCACUGCAGUGCCGGCAUAGGCAGAACCGGAUGUUUCAUAGCUAUUUCUAUGGCCAUUAGUCAAUUAUUAGAAGAAAACAAAGUUGACGUUUUAGGAAUCGUUUGUCAAAUGAGAUGCGAUAGAGGAGGAAUGAUACAAACGGCUGAACAAUACGAAUUCGUACACAGAGCUUUACAAUUAUACGAAAAAUCUCUGCCGGAUUCUUCAACGUUAGAUUAG